GAAGCGCUUCCCGAGCCCGCAGCACCUCCGGGUCGGAUCCCCCGGGAUGGCCGGGACGGCGGGGCCGGUUCUGCUCCUGCUCCUGGUCCUGGUCCUGCUGUGCUGCGGGGCUCAGCGCGCUCCCGGAAAGGAUGAAGGCAUGGUGCAGCUGCCCGGAGGGACGUUCCAGAUGGGAUCCAGCUCCCUGGAGAGGAGGGGCGAGGAGGGGCCCGUCCGGGAGGUGACAGUGAAGCCGUUCGCUGUCGACAAACACCCCGUCACCAACAGGGAUUUCAGGGAGUUUGUUAGAGAAAAGAAAUACAAAACAGAAGCAGAAGCGUUUGGCUGGAGCUUUGUCUUUGAGGAUUUCGUGUCCGAAGAGCUGAAAAAAAAAGUCACCCAAAAACUGGAGUCGGCCCCGUGGUGGCUGCCCAUCGAAAAGGCUUUUUGGCGACAGCCCUCAGGCCCUGGCUCCAGCAUAAAGGACAGGCUGGAUUACCCGGUGCUGCACGUGAGCUGGAACGAUGCACAGGCUUUCUGUGCCUGGAAAGGGAAGAGGCUCCCGACAGAGGAGGAGUGGGAAUUUGCUGCCAGGGGAGGACUGGAGCAAAGGCUGUAUCCCUGGGGAAACAAGUUCCAGCCAAACCGUACAAAUCUGUGGCAGGGCGAUUUCCCGCGGGUGGACACAGCUGAGGACGGUUAUCACGGCGUCUCACCGGUGACAGCGUUCCCCCCUCAGAACAGCUACGGGCUCUACGACCUGCUGGGAAACACCUGGGAGUGGACGGCGUCGGAGUUCCUGGCUCCGGGAAGGCCACCCAGGCAGGGGGCUCAGCACAUGCAGGUCCUGAGAGGGGCCUCGUGGAUCGACACUGCAGAUGGGUCUGCAAACCACAGAGCUCGUGUUACCACCAGAAUGGGGAACACACCAGACUCGGCCUCUGACAACCUCAGCUUCCGCUGCGCUGCCGACAUCCCGCCUGUCACAGCCUGGAAAAGCCGGACCAAACCCGAGCUCUGAGGGGUCACUUGGGAAGACCUGAGGCAUUUUCUCCUGUGGAGAUGAUCAGUAACCCCCAGCUGUCAAUUCCAUUAAACCCUGAUGGUUUUAAAAAAUUAAAAAUAAAUACUUUCAGCUAUAA